GAGGAGGCUUGCCACAGCUUCCUGAAGGUCACCUCCUGUGACCGCACGGAGCCACGUGUUAAGUCAGAGGAGUAUUUUUCACCGGGCUCGUUUAUCACAACUUGCUGUAACACAGCAAAGUCCAGGUGGGCGGGCCCUGCUGCGCUCUUCUACUAAAGGCCGGGCAAAGCGCUCCUGCGCCUAGACAGCCAGCGUCUGUCUGUAGCUGCUGGAGCACAGCCAUGGUGAUCUGGGGCCUAGUGCUCGCAGCCGUGCUGGUGGCCAUCCUGGGCUACCUGUGUCUGCCCGGGCUCUUCCGACAGCGCAAGCCCCAGGAACCCCCCCUGGACAAGGGCUCCAUCCCCGGCCUUGGCCAUGCUAUGGCUUUCCGGAAGAACAUGCUUGAAUUCCUGAAGGGAAUGCAGGCCAAGCAUGGUGAUGUGUUCACUGUGCAGCUGGGGACCCAAUUCUUCACCUUUGUCAUGGACCCCCUCUCCUAUGGCCCCAUCAUCAGGAAUGCAAAGAAGAGUCUGGACUUUACGCAGUACGCCCAAGAGCUGGUGCAAAAGGUGUUUGGAUACCAGCCCUUGGAGAAUGACCCUGUGGUGAUGCAUUCCGCCAGCACCAAGUACCUCAAGGGGGACGGCCUGGAGGAGUUGAACAAAGUCCUACUGGACAGGAUGUUCCUGGUGCUUCUGGGGCCCAGAGGCCCAGGACUGGAUGCCAGCUGCUGGAAAGAGGACGGUCUUUUUCACUUCUGCUACAACAGCUUGUUCAAGGCUGGCUACCUGAGCUUGUUUGGCUGCACGAAGGAUAAGGAGUGGGACCUGCUACAGGCAGAGGAGAUAUUCAAAAAGUUCCGCAGGUUCGACCUUCUUUUCCCCAGAUUCGUCUACUCCCUGCUGGGGCCCCUGGAGUGGAUUGAAGUGGGCCAACUCCAGCGUCUCUUCCACAAGAUGCUCUCUGUGAGGCAGAACCCGGAGAAGGAUGGUGUGAGCAACUGGAUGAACUACAUGCGCCACUGCCUGGGUGAGUGCGGGUGCAGCCAAGAUAUGCUGGACAAGUUUAACUUCAUGAUGCUCUGGGCCUCGCAGGGAAACACAGGACCUACUGCAUUCUGGGCCCUCCUGUUCCUCCUGAAGCACCCAGAAGCCAUGCAGGCUGUGAAGGAGGAGGCCGCCGAGGUCAUGCAUGGGACCAAGUUGGGAGCCACACAGUCAUUCACCUUCCUUGUCAGUGCCCUGCAGCGCACCCCUGUCCUGGACAGCGCGAUGGAAGAGACCUUGAGGCUGGUGGCCGCACCCACCCUGCUCAGGGUGGUGCAGGAAGACUACACCCUGAAGAUGGCCAGUGGGCAUGAGUACUUGCUUCGCCAUGGAGACAGAGUAGCUAUCUUCCCCUACCUCUCCGUGCACAUGGACCCUGACAUCCACCCUGACCCCUCCACCUUCAAGUACAAUCGGUUCCUCAACCCCGAUGGCAGCCGAAAAAUGAACUUCUAUAAGGCGGGCAAGAAGACUCACUACUACAAUAUGCCGUGGGGCUCGGGUGUAUCCAUUUGUCCUGGCAGGUUCUUUGCCCUCAGCGAAAUGAAGCUCUUUGUUCUGCUCAUGGUAACAUACUUUCACCUAGAGCUGGUAGACCCUGACACCCCCGCUCCCCCUAUAGACCCGAGGCGGUGGGGCUUUGGUGUCACACAGCCCAGCUAUGAGGUACGCUUCCGCUACCGUCUGAAGCCCAUGGACUGAGCUCAGCCAGGCCUGGUUAGGAGGGGCCUGGGGUCUCCUACUUCUGCUCACCCCCUGCACUCCCACCCACGCUAGCCAGCCCUCCCUCUGUCCUGCUGUCUUGCUCUCUGGCCUCUUUGUCAUCUCACCAUCUGCAGAACCAUCCUGGAAAAAAAGUGCAGUGGAAGGGGAGCAGCUGGGGCCGAACCUGUGCAGCGAGGGUGCCCGCUUCCCAUGUUUCCAUGAGAAAUGCCGCACUCUGUGGACCUCAGCACCCGCCCUCCGGCCCCACUGUCUCCCACAUUCUAUGGAUUUGGGGCUCUAGAAAGUGUUAUCGUAUAGUCAAGCCACAGGUGCAAUUUUUAAUUCCUUAGUAGACAAGUUUUUUAAAAGCCAGAAAGCAAAGAAUUCAUUUUUAUAAUAUAUUGAAAUAGAACUGGGCCCUUCCAGGUUGUUUGCAUUUUGACAUGUGACCAAUCUAUGAAUAUUAACAAAAUAUUUUUAUGUUGCUUUUCUUCUGCCCCUCCUUGGAAAUCUGGGCUGUGCUUUAUCCUUACACCACUGUCCCGCCACAUCACGAGCACCCACAGCCUCGGGUGGCUGGUGGCUGCCUUUGAUGCCCUAGGUGUUUGGGAGGGCCUGCAUGGUGGCCUUGUCUCCUACCUGCACAGUGCCCGCAGGGUGCUCCCACCCUCCCUCAGCCGACACAGCGGUCUUGAGUCACGCCGGUCUCACGUCUGCCAGGUGUUGCCACUACACUGCUGAUGCAGCUUGCCCACGCACACCACAAGAUCUGUCUUGUGCUGUUCCCAGGGCCACUCCUCUUCCUGAUCUCCCUGUCUGGCCUGGGUCACCCUCCUGCCAUCACCCCAGUUGAUACCAGAGACACCCUCACUUCCUCUCAUCAUCCCCCAGCUAACUGACUCUGUGUCCCCAACACGCUGAUGCCUCUGCAGUGUGUUUCCUCUGGCAUCCCUGCUGCCAGCCUGCCCUGUGGCCUCUGUAGCUGUCUGCCCAGAGGUGCCCUGCCCUGUGUGAGAGCCUCUUCCAAAGGCCCCUUCCGAAGCCCUCUGGUUGGCAGCCUUUUGCCGUCUGUGUCCUACAGCUGCCGCACGC